AUGAGUUCCACACCAAAAUGGUAUUGUCGCAACAAAUCGCAACCGAUGCAUACCUUUGCGGAACUUUCCAAAUUGGGCAAUGACCUUAGAAGGAUUACAAAACGUUUGGUUAUCGAUGUCAAGGUGGACAUUUAUAGUGAACAUGACACCCUACUGGAGGAAUGCGAACGUAUUGUGGAAUUAUAUUGGAGUUUAAAGGAUCAAUCGAACAAUAAGGAUUUCCAAUCGCUGUCCAAGAAAAUUAAACGCAGCCCUUACAAUGCCUUACUGAUGCAAAAAUUCAAUAUAAUUAUGGAGCUAAAUGAUCGAAGAUUUUGCCAGCUAACAUUUGUCCUUAAGAAGACGGUAAAUUAUCUCUUGAAAAAGUCUCUUCAUUCCGAAGUCUGGAUGAAUUGGGCCCUACAAAUAACACAACUCUACAAUAAAUGUCGAAAACCUCUAACGGUUGAUGGGGAAAAUACUGUGGAAUCCAAGAAACCAGAAGACGAACAACUUAAUGCCAAUAUCUGCAGCAAUUUGUAUCCGGCCCUGCUUCUGCCCUAUAAGUCCAUAGAUUUUGCACAUGUUUUGCAGUUAGCCUCCCAGCAGCGUAUUGAACAAAAUUCUUUGGAUCUAAUGUUCGGUCUCUUCAAUAUGGGCGAACAGGAGGCAUGGCGUGAUACGACCAAUGAAUCGAAUUGUUCCAGCAUCGAAAUAUUACGAAUUUUAACUUUAAACCUGACGGGAGAUGGAGAAUUUCAACAGUAUUUGAAUGAAAACAAUCAUGAUUAUGCUGCCCUGGCAAUGAAUCCGGAAAUAGUGCGUGUGAACAGUGCCUCUCAGCGGGGUACAGCGGUGACACUGCGUAGUAAACAUAUUGACUUUUUUCUUCAGAAUGAAAGGAGUUUUGUGGCUCAAUUGAUUGAGAAGGCAUUCGAUAUUUGUCCGACAAUAUUUGGCCACUGCAAUCACGAUGAUCUACAUGAAUACGUUUUACGAGGUAUGCGUCUAAUGUGGUCUUAUGUGGGUAUAAUACUCGAUCACAUUAUCCUCUGGUGGAUAGAUACACCGAUAUCAUGCUAUUCUCUAUCACAUGUGGACUCUAUACGCAAUUGGUUAUAUCUGCAUAAUGUUAGAGAUAUUCCCGAACCUGUCUAUUCGACGCUGCAAGGUAUCGGGGAGAUUCUGACAAAUUUUGUUAGCAACAAUUUGUGGGAUCGUCUGUUUCGUUUGACCCUAAUAUCGGCCACGGCUCAAACGGGCACCGUCGAACAAUUUCUGGAGCAGUAUAAACAAUCACCGAAAAAUCAAUUUGGCACACCCACUGGAACCGUUUGGAUUGCCAUCUUUACAAAUCUAAUAAAUCUAAGCAAUAAUUAUUUUCAAAAUUCCGAUUUUACGAAUUCCAGUUUGCUACCAGUUUCCGAACAAAUUCCCAUACUUCAUAGAAUUGAUCAUUCGGUCCACAGUAUGCGCCUCUGGGUCAAAGAAGAAUGCAAAAAGUUAUGCAACGAAUGGAAAAUGGAUCGUUUCUUUCAGAUAUUGGAAAAUGAUGUGCGCCUGUGUCUGCAAGCUUUUACAAAUUUUAAACUGCCAAAAUUAACUGCCGAUCUGACAGAUAUCCUGAUGUUGGUCUGUGUCGCUUUGCGUACGAAAUUGAUAUGCGAGAUAAAUGUUAAUAUUGAUAAAUUGAAGAAAACCACCGAUGAAUGUGUUCAAGUCCUCUCCGAUGUCUGUCGCCUACUAAGUUUGGCGAAUUUUACCCUCUGCUUCCCUUCGGGUUCAUAUUGGCAACGGAAUUCGUAUGACAACGAGAAAUCCAGUGAAUAUGUUGGUUAUGUUCUCGAUCAAAUAAUGUUGCCCUGCAUUAAGGCUACCAAAGAUGUUGUAAUUUUAAAAUUAAUAUUAAAAAUUAUAUGCGAAGCAUGGUUAGAUUACAUUUAUCAGAGGCAUAUACGAUUUAGUGUUAAUGGGGCGGUGCGUCUCCUCAACGAUUUCGAUGAUGUUCGAGAAUGGAUUCUGAGUUGUUCGCUGUUGGAUCAACUGCAUUUGGAAAAGCUCAGCAAUCAUGAAGUGUUGCGCAUGUGUAAGGGUGUGGGUAAAAUUCUGUUGCGCAAACCGGAGGAUAUUAUUGCCAUAUCACAAUCGCCAACGUUCGAUAAGAAAACCUCUGCUGGUGAUGGUGAUCCUGCACCCCAGGAAACUCAAUUACCCUCGGAAAUGUUCGUCUCCAAUCAGAAACAUUGGCUUCAAUUGCGUGCCAAUAAAUCGACAUUUUUCUUUUUCCCUCUUUGCUGUGGAGAUACCAGUGUUUAA